UGUGCUUGGCCCUAUGCCAGCGCCCGUCAGUGGGGAGGAGGAGGAGGUUAUUCCUUGCGAGAUUUAUGGGAAGUAUGCCGACCUGCAGCGAUUGGUGCUGGCCAUCGCACCCAAGAGCGUGCCAGAGAAGAAAGGCUUCCUGUGGACUGAUCUCAACAUCAACUGGUUGGAUAAGUCAUUGAUUUCCAACAUCGAGAAGCUCUAUCAAGAUGUGGUGAUUGGAGCUGCGUCUGAUCAUGACACCCGUUUGGCAGACUUUUUCUCAUCUCUCGCAGCCAGCCCAGUGUUUCAAGAUCUAUGGGCUGGAGAAAGAAGGGGUCCCUUUCUCCUACCAGUGCCCUUCGUGCGAAACCUCCUAACUUUGGAUCAGAUUCAGCACGGCCUGGGUGCUUCCACUGGACGAAAGCCCUGCGAGUCUGCUCUGACUCUGACGGAUGGGGUGGAUUUCCGAUGCCCCAUCAGCCUGCCGCCCAUCCGCCAGAUGUCCCACAUGUUGGAGGUGUUGGAAUAUGGCACAAUCUUUCUGAACACUGCGUCGCUUCACUGGAAGGCUGCUGCUCAGCUUUGCUUGGCGGCCAGCUGUACCUUGCAUUUUCCUUGCAACAUCAAUGUUUAUGUGACAGGACGCAAUCGCAAGGUCUCUACAGAUGUUCACACAGACAACCACGACGUGCUGAUUUUCCACACCCAAGGCGCCAAGCGCUGGCGCGUCUAUGCACCACCUACCCGGGCCUCGCGUGUCAACACGGCACAUCCCCUGUACAGAGGGAAGAAUGAGGACCGGUUGCUGGAGGAUGAACUGGGCGAACUGCUGCUGGAUGUGAUCCUCCAACCUGGGCAGGUGCUGUUUGUUCCGAUGGGAUUUCCCCAUGCCACCGGCACGGCUGGAACAGGGGAUGAGGUUUCGGUGCAUUUGACCUUGGGCCUAUCCACGGCUGACUACGACUUCUGCUGGGGUGGCCUGCGUAAGUCCUUGUUGCAGAAUUUGGGCCAAACACCCAGCCCCGAAGAUGGCCUGUCAGACCGCCUCUGGUGGCGACUCCUUUCCCCUUUGCCCGUGGGGUUCCUGGCACAGCGACUAGUGAAAAACGCCAGGUUGUCGACGUCGUUGUUGGUCAAAGAGGUUGGGAAACAACUCCUGGAUUUGCUACAUGCCAUAGGUGAGCUGGACAGCAGUUCCCUGCCUCACCUGGAGCAUUUGGUGGCCCAACAUUUUAGCAGACAGGUGGCCGUGUUGGCAUCCCAAGAGGAAGCCUACCGCGAAGUGCUGAGCCGCGGCGACGGCGUCUUUUUGGCUGCCGGGCCCGAGGAGACGAAGAGCGACUACCGGCGAUCCAUGCUGCGGCAUCAGAUUGCUGAGGAUGAACGGAAGCGUUGCGUGGACAACGUGUCUGAUCCGCGCUACGUGAAGCGCAUCGACUUUUCGGAUGGUGUGGCCAGGUCCCUGGCAGAGCUGACGCAACGGCUUCAGGGCGCGAGUUCAGAGGAGAUCCAGAUCUACUGGGAAAAAUGUCCAUCCCUCUACCCGCAGGACCAGCCGCCUCUGGAGCUGCUGGGUGAGCUCCAACGCGCCAGUGACAACUGCGAGGCAUUGCUCUACUUCCUGCGGAAGCGCACGCCGCAGCUGCGCACGGUCCCCACCGUGGCUAUGGGCAGUCCAUCACAGCACGUGGCCGGCCAUUGUCUCGACACGAACCAACCGAAGUGCAGCGGUCGCGACUACCCCAAAGAAUGGGUUGCUGUCGACUGACCCCAGCAAA